AUGACACGCCUAGCCGAAGCGGAAGUUUACGGUGUCGCCUCCUUGCCAAUGCUGAUCUGCGAGGAUAUCAAUGACAAGCAAUUCAAUUUGGCUUAUUACCAGCAAUGCUACCGUCGCUGGGGAGAAGUUGCUCGAGUGCCACUUGAACAGCGCGCAGUUGCAAUUGCACUCGCAGCGGCUAUCAGCGAAUCGGUGGCACCAUCACUGGUGAACUCUUGCUCAGUAGACCCAGCUCCUCUAACAAUGCCUGCCGUCACUGCCCUGUAA